AUGAAGGAAUCCCGACAGAGCCAGUCGCUAAAUGGCCUCAACGGAAGCCAGACUGGCAACUUAAUAUGCGUCUGGACUUUAUUUUCAAUCACCAGCACUUUAAUGGUCCUUCGUAUCGUCGCCCAGACCAGAAUUCUACGAAGGAUUGGUGUCGAUGAUAUCGUCAUGAUUAUUGCAUGGGCUUUACAAACAGCCAGUUCUAUUUUGUGCACCAUUGCGAUUUCUUGGGGUCUCGGUCGACAUGCCUCAGAUAUUAGUAGCCCUGAGAUAUAUACUGGCGCUAUAAAGUACGAGAUGCUCGCCAUCACGACGGCUACUUUGUGUGCUAUGUUUGCUCGGAUAUCAUUUGCCAUAUUCAUUUUCUAUUUUGCAUCACGCAUUUUACGGAUUUAUCAGUAUUUAAUCGGGGUUUGGAUUGUCGUGCAGGUGGUUUUCAACAUCAUUCCGAUAGCUAUCACCUGGUCUUACUGCAGCCCAAUUGUAUCACACACACAGAACUAUACCAACUCGGAAUUAUGCUGGAUAUCGCCGCAUGUUUCUGGAUGGCUAUAUACACAAGGGGCUAUCAACGCAACGUCAGACAUAUGUCUUACACUCCUCGCUCUGAGUAUAGUCUUGGCGUUUAAUUGCUGUGCUUGGGAUAAGAUCAGUUUGGGAAUACUGCUUUCAUUCAGCCUUUUGGCUAUGGUGGCUGCAAUAGUUAAGACAGUGGAAGUCAAACUCUCUCAAAAGUCAGGGCAAGAUUUCAUCUAUCAACUUCAUAUAUGGAACUACUGGCAUUCUAUAGAAAAUGCGGUUUUAAUCAUUACUACCUCAAUCCCAAAGAUCAAAUCACUGGCUUUGGUUCUUUAUAAGAGCUCAAAAGGUUCUCGGAUUUUACACAUGUGGAAAUCAGAGAGCAGAGGUCCAUCAGACGAACAUAAUUUUGGUUAUAGAAGCCUUCAUUCCCGAAAUUGUUCAGGAAGUACAAGAGACCAUUCUAUUAGUGUACCGUCGAUUACUGGAGCUGCUGGUGAAAUUGAACCUAUGCCUCGAAGAGAAGGCCUGAAAAUAAGCAUUUGUAGCCCACCCAAAAGGCCGGACCGCCCACGCCUCCAUCAUCGCAAUUUCAGUGAUUCUAUCAGUAUGAGAUCCCUUCCAAAUCCACUUUACAAGGAGCACUGCAGCACUCGAACCCUCAAUCCUUCCGCAUCUUGCAACGACUUUACCAGCUCAACCCCCAAACUCAGCUACCGAACCGUCAUCUCAGGCGGGGACCCUUCAGCCGUCCCACCUCCAUUCCCAUUAUCCUUGCCUGCAAGUGGCCGAACAUCACGGAAUAGUCGCCGAGGAGACGUCUCACCGCAAGACUCAUCAUUUUUGCCUGUAAACGUUGGCACGACCGAAUCACCAGUAAUGGCGACAGGGCCGUUCUGUAUACUGAAAACAAAUGAUUUCACAAUCGAAUACGAGGACGCAAUUAGCGAUACAACACACACUAAUUCUAAGGAUGUUGACCUUGGCUGGGCUGUUAUGCGAAACGAAGAGAAUGGACUUUCUAGAAAUGCAUAUAACGAGAAUGACGCUGAUGAAUUGCCGCUGAAUGACCUUGGGUCGAUAUUGGGGCCUUCCCAAUAUCAAGGAUAA